GCUGCGCCCGCGUCUAGCCGGAAGCGUCGAUUGGCCCUCCGACAAACGGCUGGUGGCCGCGCAGGCGCGCUGUGCGGGCUGGCGCGGGAGCCUGGCGGAGGGUCGCGAUGCCGUACGCCAACCAGCCAACCGUGCGGAUCACGGAACUCACCGAAGAGAACGUCAAGUUCAUUAUCGAGAACACGGACCUGGCGGUGGCCAAUUCCAUUCGGAGGGUCUUCAUCGCCGAGGUGCCCAUAAUAGCCAUCGACUGGGUUCAGAUUGACGCCAAUUCCUCGGUCCUUCAUGAUGAAUUCAUUGCGCACAGGCUUGGUUUAAUCCCCCUCACUAGUGAUGACAUUGUGGACAAGCUGCAGUACUCCCGGGACUGCACAUGUGAAGAGUUCUGCCCUGAGUGUUCUGUGGAGUUCACUCUCGAUGUGAGGUGCAAUGAAGACCAGACGCGCCAUGUCACCUCCCGAGAUCUCAUCUCCAACAGCCCCCGGGUUAUUCCGGUGACAUCCCGGAACCGGGAUAACGACCCUAAUGACUAUGUGGAGCAGGAUGACAUCUUAAUUGUCAAGCUGAGGAAGGGGCAGGAGCUGAGACUUCGAGCCUAUGCCAAGAAGGGCUUUGGCAAAGAACAUGCCAAGUGGAACCCUACUGCAGGGGUAGCUUUUGAAUACGAUCCAGACAACGCACUUAGGCAUACAGUGUAUCCCAAGCCUGAGGAAUGGCCCAAGAGUGAGUAUUCCGAGCUGGAUGAGGAUGAGUCGCAGGCUCCCUACGACCCCAAUGGCAAGCCAGAGAGGUUUUACUACAAUGUGGAAUCGUGUGGCUCGCUGCGCCCUGAAACCAUUGUCCUCUCAGCCCUGUCGGGGCUGAAGAAGAAGCUGAGUGACUUACAGACUCAGUUAAGCCAUGAGAUCCAGAGUGACGUGCUCACCAUAAACUAGCCGCAGCUUGCCUGCCGCCCAAGACUAGGUUCAAGGCCUCGGGAGCCCUUGUGAUUUCUGGGCUGUGGGUUGCACUUGCUCAGUCUGCCUCCUGGAAGGCCAUCGGAGAGAUUGCCAGGGUUCCACUGGUGUUAGACACGGCAGUUUUUAUUAGGCAUUGAGCAUCCCAGGCCCUACUGUAGUGGUUUUCAGGCAGCAUGGGGGGAAGCACACACCAGCACAGAAAAGAAGGAAUAUUUAUUGAUCAACAGUAGUUGUCUUUUUAAAAGUUUUUAUUUUUGGCAAUAAAGAGCACAACAAUCUCCUUCAUGCGUCAUCGUGCCACUAACUGAGCCAGUUCUGCCUCCCUCCCAAAGGGUUGGGCCCAUUUCUUGUACAAACUAGCUGACCUCUGGGUGGUCAUUUCCUGGGUCACAGAGUUGGGCUGGCUGUGCCACCUCCCUGGCUCUAGGGCACCCCCUGGGAGGGACCCCCCCUUGUCAUUCCACCACACAUGUGAACAGUGGUUAUUUACAAGGUCUAUUCCCACAAGUCAGAACCCUAAAGUAUUAAAAAACAGAAACACGCAACAAAAGGUUUGAUGUGAAUAUAAAGAUAGCCCUUCUGCACGGUAGUCAAUAAAUACCAGCACUAGAAAA